AUGUCGUCUGCACAGUCGUGCUCAGGUCAAGCGGACGUAUUGAUCGUCCAGGACGACCCACCGCAUCCGUCCGGUCGCGACCGACGAGGUGUGCUUAUGAUUCCAACGCACGACAAGCCUACGGUGUGCUGGAACGAGCUCAGCUACGCGCUAGCCUCGAUUCACGGCGGAGUGAAUCCCAACGUGGUCCGCUACCGUCUCCCUGCACGCCUCAGACUGCAAGAGCGCCAGCGAGCACCAGUCGAGAUACAAGCUGCCUUUGCCAACUCGUUCCCAAAUCGCGCGUUACCGCAUGUGCGUGUGAGCCCGAGCCGAUUCGGGUUCAAGUACCUGGACAUCGAAACGCCCUUGGACAACGUUGCAGCGCAAGACAUUAUCCGCGCUGCGCGGAACGACAAAUGGCGAGUCAACGCGAGCGUGAUUGGCGAACCCUUAUUUGUCGGGUUCCACACAGCCAGCAUGGUCCACGCGAUCCGGUUCGACAAGAUCCCGCACGACGAUCUGCAAGCGUUUCUCCACUUUGUUCCCGAGCUUUUCAAGCUGAUGGAGCCGUCGAUUGACAUCUCGAUCGUCGACGUAUGGAGAGUGGAAAACAGAGUGACGCUGAACAGCGCACUCCAGCAAACGAACCACUGGGUGUUUGGUGGCAGCAUUCUCGUGCUUUUCGGCUUAGCUGCUGUGCCCGCCUCGGUACGUGUGGCAGAUCUCGUCCACAAGUGGCCGGGCUGGUACAUGUGGCGCGCAAAGAGCGUCAUCAGCCUUGUCUUCCCUGGUCGCUACGAAUACUGUACGUUUUGCAAGUAUACCGCGCAGAACGAAAACGGAAACCAGCAUCAACGCCAUCUGACACACAAGUGCCGAAAGCUGGUGUGCAUGAAAUGUGGCCUUACCGGUCACUACGACAGUGCAUGCCCCACAAGUGCGUCAGUUCGGCGCCGGUAG